GUGACAUGUCUGACAUGUGGAAUAUAAAUGGUUUUUGAACAAUUCCACAGUUAGAAUGUGCUUUCUUUUCCAAGUUGGAGUUUCACAAGUAUUCCUAACUUUACAGUUUAUGGAGAAAGGACUUAUAAUGGUAGAAGUCUUUCAAUUUAUGUUGACUUGACUUCUUCAGUUAGAAUGUAACUGCUGUUCAAAUGUCAGUUCUAUAAAACCUAAUGCUGGUAAUACAAUAUCUGUAUCAUUCAAGAGAUUCACAAACACUUUGAUCAUACCAUUGAUGGGGUUUUUUCUCCUUUUGUGUUUCUCUCUCAUAAUUUCUUUCUCAUCUGGAGCUGAUAACAUAUCUGCUAACCAGUCUUUAUCUGGAAACCAAACAAUCAUAUCCAAAGGUGGAAACUUUGAGCUGGGCUUCUUUAAAGCAGGUAAUUCUUCAAACUAUUACAUAGGCAUCUGGUAUAAAAAGGUAGCUUCCAAUCCUCCUACCAUAGUCUGGGUAGCAAACAGAGAAACACCCAUCUCUGAUAGAUUCAUUUCUGAACUAAAAAUUGUAAAUGGUAACUUAGUGCUUUUAAAUGAGUCCAAGCUACCAAUUUGGUCCACAAAUGUCACCAUCACUAGUUUAAAUUCGGUAAUUGUUGUUCUUCUUGACGAUGGAAACUUAGUUUUGAGCGACACCGCAAAACCAGAUGAACCCGUUUGGCAAAGUUUUGACAACCCGGUUCAUACUUGGUUACCUGGUUCUAAACUUGCUUAUGAUAAUAGAACAAAAAAGAGUCAACUUCUUACUUCAUGGAGAAGUAAUGAAGAUCCUGGUGUAGGACUCUUUUCGUUGGAGCUUAACCCUUCUAGCAAAGAGUAUAUAAGCAAGUGGAAUGGGUCCCAACAAUAUUGGACAAGUGGUCCAUGGAAUGGACAUAUAUUUAGCUUAGUACCUGAGAUGAGGUUAAAUUACAUUUAUAAUUUCAGCUUCUUUUCAGAUGAAAACGUGAGUUACUUCACUUAUUCCUUGUAUAAUCCUUCCAUUAUAUCUAGAUUUGUAAUGAGUGUUUCUGGUCAAGUUCAACAACUAACAUGGUUGGACGAAACGAAACAAUGGAAUUUGUUUUGGUCCCAACCUAGAACACAGUGUGAGGUAUACGACUUGUGUGGGGCUUUUGGUACUUGCAGACAGACUGGAUUGCCAUUCUGUAAUUGCUUGACUGGUUUCAAACCCAAAUCAGAAAAUGAUUGGAAUCAGAGUGAUUUCUCUAGUGGGUGUGUGAGAAAAACGGAUUUGGAAUGUGGGAAUAACAAGGAAAUAUCUUUUUUAAUGGUUAAAGUCGACAGUGUUCCUCCAAAUUUCGUGUCUAUGGCUGUUGGGGGUGAUGGAGAAUGUCGGGCCGCCUGUUUAAACAGUUGUCAGUGUAAUGCUUACUCAUUUUCAGAUAAUCAGUGCUCAGUUUGGGAUGUGGAGCUCUUGAAUCUUUCAGAAGAUAAUGUUAAUGGGAAAACAAUCUACAUUAAAGUUGCUUCUAUAGAUCUUCCAUCUCAGAUUCAUGAAAAAAGUAAUCUUGGUGCUGUUAUCGGGUCCGUUGUUGCAGGUGUGAUUCUUGUCUUGGGUCUAAUAUUCUUUAUAAUCUAUCGAAGAAAGAGGAUAUUGGUUGGGAAGACAACAAUGGAGGGAUCUUUGGUGUCGUUUGUUUAUAGAGAUUUACAAAUAGCCACCAAAAAUUUCUCAGAGAAACUAGGAGGUGGUGGUUUUGGUUCAGUUUUCAAGGGGGUAUUGCGUGAUUCAUCUAUUGUGGCAGUGAAAAAACUUGAAAGUGUCAGCCAAGGAGAGAAGCAAUUCAGGAGCGAGGUCAGCACGAUUGGGACCAUCCAACAUGUUAAUCUUGUGCGUCUUCGUGGGUUUUGUGCACAAGGUAGCAGAAAGCUAUUGGUGUAUGAUUACAUGCCAAACGGUUCUCUUGAUUCCAAUCUAUUCCAUGAAAAACAAGAUAAUAUUCUUAACUGGACAACAAGGUAUGAGAUUGCACUUGGAAUUGCAAGAGGGUUGGUUUAUCUUCAUGAGAAGUGUAGAGACUGCAUUAUCCACUGUGACAUAAAGCCAGAAAACAUUCUUUUAGAUGCUGAUUUCUGCCCAAAAAUAGCAGAUUUUGGCUUGGCAAAGCUUGUGGGUCGAGAUUUUAGUCGGGUUUUGACGACUUUCAGAGGGACAAAGGGGUAUCUAGCACCUGAGUGGUUAUCGGGUGUGCCUGUCACAGCCAAAGCAGAUGUUUUUAGCUAUGGGAUGAUGCUUUUCGAAUUAGUUUAUGGUAAAAGAAAUGCUGAGCAAUCAGAAGAUUCAAGGAGUAAAUUCUUCCCUAGUUUGGUUGCAAAUGUAUUAAUGGUGGGCGGUGAUAUCCUUAGCCUACUAGAUAACAGGUUAAACAGGGAAGCAAGUGUUGAACAAGUCACCAAAAUUUGCAAAGUUGCUUGUUGGUGUAUCCAAGACGAGGAAGAUAGUAGACCUUCUAUGAGUUUGGUGGAACAAAUUCUUGAAGGAGUUUCGGAUGUUAACAUGCCCCCAGUCCCACAAACCGUCAAGUUAUUUCUUGAUAACACGGAGCCUAUUGUUUUCUUCACCGUGCCAACAUCAAAUGGGAGUUCACAAGUUCUGAGCAAUUCGUCAGGCAGUGAUUCAUUGUCUAAGAGUGCGUCUUCUUCUAUGUAAUCCAUUACUAAGAUUAUAUCCAUUUAGGAAAACUAGGAAUAACGUUAGAGCCGUUUUUGGCAAAAGUUAUGCUCAAGUGUUGUAAUUGUUGGUUCAAUUUGGCGUUUGCAAGUAUUAGGUGUUUGUAAUAACAUGAAAAUAUGAUACACAAGAUUACAAGUUCAUACAGAUUAAGCAUGUUAGAUCUCA